UCCCUUUGCAAGAAAAAACAUUCCAGCGGCCCUGAAAUGUUCCCAAAUCUUUGUUUUAUACUGACGGUGGCGGUCAUAUGGAGCCCGGCGACGGUUCGAUCCAUCGGAGUGAACUGGGGCGCCACCGCCUCGCACCCUCUGCCGCCGUCGCAGGCGGUGGCGCUCUUGAAGUCCAACAACAUCUCCAAAGUCAAGCUCUUCGACGCCGACCCUCUGGUUCUGCAGGCGCUCGCUGGUUCCAGCAUUGGGGUCGCCGUCGGCAUCCCAAACUCAAUGCUCAGGAACCUGAACUCUUCCAAGAAGGCCGCCCAGAGCUGGGUCCACGAUAAUGUCACCCGCUACCUCUCCAAUGGAGGCAGUGCUGGAGUUCGAAUAGAGUAUAUUGCUGUUGGCGACGAGCCCUUUCACCUGAGUUAUGGCAAGCAGUACUAUCCCUUUGCUGUUGGGGCAGCCACCAACAUCCAGGCUGCUCUGAUCGAAGCAAACUUGGAAAACCGGGUGAAAGUUGUGGUUCCAUGCAGUUUUGAUGCGUUCAACUCAGGGUCUGGCCUCCCUUCAAAAGGACACUUCAGGUCAGACCUUAAUAAAACUAUGAUCCAGCUUCUGACUUUUCUCGCCAAGCAUCAAUCACCUUUUUUUGUUACCAUCUCACCCUUCCUAAGUUUCCACCUUAACAAGAACGUCUCCCUUGACUUUGCCCUUUUCAAACCCUCUGCACGCCCUCGCAAAGACGGUCACAAAACCUACAAAAGCAGUUUUGAAGUCAGUUAUGAUACCCUGGUUACUGCACUCUCCACCGUUGGAUUCCCCCAGAUGGAAGUCGUGAUUGGGCAGAUCGGUUGGCCUACAGAUGGAGCACCCAAUGCCACUUCAUCCACCGCAGAGGCAUUCAUGAAAGGCCUGAUAGACUACCUCCAUAGGAAAACCGGAUCCCCACUUAGAACUCGGGAUCCACCAAUCGAAACAUACAUUUUUAGCCUGAUGGAUGAGGAUCAAAGAAGCAUAUCCACGGGAAAUUUCGAAAGGCACUGGGGUGUGUUCACUUUUGAUGGCCAGUCCAAGUACCGUAUGGAUUUUGGGAAGGGCUCGAAAAGUCUUGUGAGUGCACAAAAUGUUGAGUAUCUUCCUUCCAGAUGGUGUGUUGUGAAUAAUAACGAGGACUUGUCUAACGCAACUGCUAGUGCUUUAUAUGCAUGCUCAUCUGCAGACUGCAGUGCUUUAUCAGCCGGUGGCUCUUGUUUCAACAUCAGUUGGCCUGGGAAUGUAUCGUACGCAUUUAACAGCUACUACCAACAACAUGAUCAAAGAGCAGAUAGCUGUGAUUUUGGGGGGCUGGGUUUGAUCACCACUGUUGAUCCAUCGGUUGAGAAUUGCAGAUUUUUUGUUGGACUCCAAACUUCUCAUUCAGCAUCCCUUCUUGGGUCCUUUCUUUUCAGCUGGAUGGCCACAGCCAUUUCAGUUUGGCUGCUGAGUUUUGUAUUUUAGAAGAUAUCUUGUAUUAGUGGUAAUGUUUUUCUUCUUCUUCUUCUUCUUCCUUUUUGCAUAUUCCCCAUUUGGAAAAUUUUGUGUUUGUAGGAUUCUGGCAUAUUUUCCCCCAUUUGGGUUUGGACUUUGGAGCAUGAAUUUGUACCAUUAGAUUUGAAAAUGCAUGGAUUUUGUACUAUUGAAAGCCAUGUGCUAUGCAAUGGGACAAGUGGACAAUCAAAAUCGGAAUGAUUGAUUUUGAUUCUUAGUAUUUAGUUUACAAUAAUCUUAUUUCAA